AACAAAUCCAGAAAUGUUGACAAAAUACAUUGUUUUCAUUUUAACACACAACUGGCUUGAUUUUAAAAAAUGAAUAGAUAAAUCUUGAUCAACAUUUUAGUGCAGCAAAGAUUGAGAGUCUAAGCCUAUUGUAUACUCUGUACUGUAGGCUACUGUAUAUGAACUGUAACAUUAUUUCAAAUCAAUGGAACCAUUUUAAUAAUGAUACAAGUUCCAAUUUUGAUUAAGUGGCAUGAGUUAUUACCUGAUAAUGUCAGUGGUUCUCAACCUGAGGACUGGGACCCUCCGUGGGGUCAUGAGAUAAAUCUCAAAUCUUUUCCUUUUCCUUAUCAAACACUGCAGCGGGAGCCUUUACAAAUGAUUCCAAUGAAACAAUCUGUAAAGUUAAAAUCACCCUGUGAAUGAACUGCCCACAUGAUGAACAUAUAAUAUGUGACAAAAAGACAACAAAGAGUUUGGAAUGACUCAUGUGAAACCGCUGUUACCACCUUUCUUGGUCUUUGUUGUAAAUGAAUGAUAAUGCCACAGAGUCAGAGAGACCAAAUAGUGUUGUUAGUAAAGACAGUUUUUGUUGAUAAGUCCUGUUGCACUCUUGUACCAAACUACUGCUCCAAUGAUUUAGAGCAUUAUGUCUGAACCGAUGUGUAAGAAACAAAAUAAAACCCAACCAUCCCCCCCCCAUCUUCUCUGCAGGCCUGAGCCUGAUGCCCAGCUCGGCGCUCGACGAACUGCUGCAAAGGGUAGAGGCCGCCAUCCUGGAGUACUCGGAGGAGCUGGUCAGCCAGCUGGCUCGCCGUGAGGAGCUGGAGUUCGAGAAAGAGGUGAAGAACACAUUCAUCACGGCCCUGAUGGAGGUGCAGAACAGGCAGAAGGAGCAACGGGACAGCAGCAAACGCCGACGCCGGGACAAGGCCCUGAGCCUGCAGGGGGGGAUGCCGGCACCUGUGAACGGAGGGAAUACCACCUCCACGGGCAACACGGAGAAGACAGGGAGCAUGCCUGUCAAGCGUUUCAGCAUGGAGGGACUGUCUAACAUCCUGCAGACGGGCAUCAGACAGACAUUUGGAAGCACAGGGAAUGAGAAACAGUAUCUAAACACAGUUAUUCCAUACGAGAAGAAAGUUUCCCCUCCAUCUGUUGACGACCUGCAGAUGCUCACAAAGAUUCUUUAUGCCAUGAAGGAGGACAGUGAGAAGGUGCCUACACUGCUAACCGACUACAUAUUGAAAGUCUUGUGUCCUACCUAAAGCACUGCUAGGCCAGGGGCCGCGUGGGACAGAGAUCUCUUUUCCAACCCUCCUCGCCUCGGGCCCCGAGCUGCAUGACCUCCCAUCUUUUACCAUUAUCAACCAUGGAUCCUCACCAUCGACAUCAUUGUACUCACCUCAACUAUGACGACUGCCUUUCGCUGAGCUCUCCCUCUCUCCUCCCGCACAUCAAGCUCAGGCCAGACCCAAAAUGGCUGCCAUUCGAAUAGUCAAACAAGUGGGACGGCUUCUCCCACUUUUAAAAAGGACUUCACUAAUGGAGCAUGACAUGCUUUUAAAUAUCACAACACCACUUUGGUACAGGAUACAACUUUAUCGUUGCUUUCUUUUCUAUACGUUACACUCUCUUUUCUUUGUUUCCUCUAACAGAAUCUCAAUGUUGCCAAGUUUUGACAGCUAUUCAUAAACUGACCUCUUAACCACUGGGUUCUGUUGAUUGUCGUAUUCAUUGAUUCAUAAGUGUAUAAGUGUAAAAUGAAUGCAUCCACACGUGAUCAUCUCCCUGUAUUGUUUCAGAUGAAAACUCAUUUGAAUACAAAAGCCAUGCACCUUUUUCUGCCAACUUAGUACUGUAGCUCCAUGUGGACGAAAAGAAACACACGACUAUUACGGGUGCAGUGCAGUGCAUUAUGAAGCUUUUUAUUUCUUCUUUGUUUGGCUUCACUAUCUGAAUAUCCAGUGCUCUUCUAACUUUUUUGAAAUGUCUUUUAAUUUGUAACUAAAUAUUUGAUAUAAACUCUGUUGCUGAUUUUCUACUUUGGUUUACUGUCAUUCUGCCCUGUUCAGCACGUGGAGGUGUACCACUGACUUUUCCUUUGAUAUAUCAAAGGAAACCCGUGAUGAGAUGAGCUCAUGUCAAUUAAGGCGUGCAUAUUUGCAUAUUAGCAUAUUUAUGACUUCCUUUUGCACCAUGUAGGUGAAUCUCGCUAAUCAUCGCUAAUCGCAAAUUCUAAUAAACAUUCUACCCUAGCA